ACAAGCAUACUCAUCUAAAGAAUGCUAAACAUGAAAAGAAAUCCAAUUUUCUUGAUACUAACAUUUUACUCUCUCUUCCUUCUUGGAGAGUUAAAAUCAUCUUUAGCUACUCAACCAAAGAAUGAAAAUCAAGUUUAUAUUGUGUACAUGGGAGGUGUGGAUUCAACUAAUGGUUCCCUUCGUAAAGAUCAUGAUCAUGUUUUAAACAUGGUGUUAAGAAGGAAUGAAAAAGCUCUAGUACACAACUACAAAUACGGAUUCUCAGGCUUCGCAGCUCGUUUAUCAAAAAAUGAAGCAAAUUCAAUUGCUCAACAACCUGGAGUUGUGUCUGUGUUUCUGGAUCCCAUCCUAAAGCUUCACACAACACGUUCUUGGGAUUUUCUCAAUUCGCAAACUUAUGUCGAAAUUGACAACACACUCUCUAGUUCCACACCGUCAUCAUCGGACAUUGUAAUCGGCAUGUUAGACUCAGGGAUAUGGCCAGAAGCACCAAGUUUUUCAGACAAGGAAAUGGGUCCUAUUCCAACCGGUUGGAAUGGUACCUGCAUGACAUCAAAAGAUUUCAACUCAUCCAACUGUAACAGGAAGAUAAUAGGAGCAAGGUAUUACCCUAACCUUGAUGGAGGUGAUGAUAACGAUGUGGCGGGCACACCAAGGGAUAUGCAUGGGCAUGGAACCCACACAGCGUCAACCGCGGCGGGGAACGUCGUGAGUGGUGCAUCAUACUUUGGUCUUGCAGCAGGAACGGCAAAAGGUGGAUCCCCCGGAUCAAGGUUGUCAAUUUACAAAGUGUGCAACUUUGGUUGCUCUGGCUCUGCCAUCCUUGCGGCUUUCGACGAUGCAAUUUCUGACGGAGUUGAUAUACUUUCAGUCUCCCUUGGCGGGUCUCCAGACCCCCAACCUGACUUGAAAACGGACGUAAUAGCAAUUGGAGCUUUCCAUGCUGUAGAGCGCGGCAUUGUGGUGAUUUGCUCUGCUGGGAAUUCUGGACCGGAGCAAAGUACAGUUGUUAAUGACGCUCCUUGGAUACUAACGGUUGCUGCCACUACCAUUGAUCGUGACUUUCAGUCCAAUGUUGUCUUGGGUAAUAACAAAGUUGUCAAGGGUCAAGCCAUAAACUUCUCUCCUCUUUCAAAAUCACCUAAUUAUCCAUUGAUAACUGGAGAAUCUGCCAAAAAAAAGACCGCUGACUUAACUGAAGCAAGGCAAUGUUCUCCAAGUUCAUUAGACAAGAAAAAAGUCAAAGGAAAGAUUGUCAUAUGUGAUGCUAUAAAUGACAUUUAUCCAACUUUUAGCAAGAUUGAGACAGUGCAAAAGGCAGGUGGAUUAGGGCUUGUUCAUAUUAGUGAUCAAGAUGGAGCUGUUGUAAAUAAUUAUGCAAAAUUUCCAGCAACUGUGGUAAGACCAAAAGAUAAUUCCAUACUCAUACAAUACAUCAACUCAACAAGCAAUCCAAUGGGAACAAUUCUACCAACGGUUACAAUAAUCAAAUAUAAACCUGCACCUAUGGUGGCAAUCUUUUCAAGUAGAGGGCCUUCAUCGCUUUCAAAGAAUAUUCUCAAGCCUGAUAUUGCAGCACCAGGUGUUAACAUUGUUGCAGCAGGGACUUCCUCACCAUAUAGCAUGAAAACUGGAACUUCCAUGUCAUGCCCACAUGUUUCAGGCCUUGCAGGUAGCAUCAAAUCUAGGAACCCUACUUGGAGUGCCUCUGCAAUCAGAUCAGCCAUCAUGACCUCCGCAACUCAAAUUAACAAUAUGAAGGGUCCCAUUGCAACAGAUUUAGGGUUAAUUGCCACACCUUAUGACUAUGGAGCUGGGGGGAUAACAACAACUGAACCACUCCAACCAGGGCUCGUUUAUGAAACCAGCACCAUUGACUACUUGAACUUCUUGUGUUAUAUAGGAUAUAACACAACCACCAUUAAGGUUAUUUCAAAAACUGUCCCUGAUAGUUUCAACUGCCCUAAGGAUUCGACGCGUGAUCAUAUUUCCAAUAUCAAUUACCCUUCCAUCGCAAUCUCUAACUUCGGUGGGAAAGGAUCGGUGAAUGUCAGUAGAAUUGUUACAAACGUCGGUGAAGAGGAGGAAAUAGUCUACUCAGCCGUCGUCAAUGCUCCGAGUGGGGUGAAAGUCCAGUUGAUUCCGGAGAAGCUUCAAUUUACAAAAAGAAGCAAAAAACAAAGCUAUCAAGUUAUUUUCUCCUCUAAUUUAACAUCACUCAAGGAAGAUCUAUUUGGAUUCAUUACUUGGAGAAGUGGUAAGUAUAGUGUUCGAAGUCCUUUUGUACUAACUGUGUAGCUAAAUGAAAAGAAACAAUUAAUAAAUACAAGCUACAUGGUUCUUGUAGAUGCCUUUUAAUUUAAAGUUUAUUGUAAUUUUCAUUUCUCAAAAUUUACUUUCUACCUACACUGCAUAAUGAGUUAAGGACACAUGAUUUUCAUA